AUGUUCGCAAAACUCUUGCAGUACUCUCAGAGCUUCAACGAUCGUGCUGGCGCGUUGAUAAAGUCGGUUCGGGCGGUAAGUUUUGAAUUUUUGAUUUUUUUUGCCUUUGAAUUUUUGGAAACAAGCCGUCAGAUUUCAAAAGGGUAAUUUCAGCCAGAACAAUCAAGAAUCACGGCGACCACAGAGCCAGUGGCAUCAAGAUUAAGCUAUUUUAACUUCAAUUAUUUUAUUCGCGACACUGUUUGCGUUUUUGUUUAUGUAAUAGUGAGGACGGUGAACAACAUCGGUGUUUUUGAUUAUGGUAAGUUGUGAACCGUAGUUAAAAAGUUAGCAGGUCAAAUAUUGGAAAAGAGUGUGUAUGACUUUGCGAAGACGUGGUUUUCUUCAGAAAAAAUUAACAGGGAAAGUGUCCCAAGUGCGACGCUCAUGUUCAUUUUAUAUAAAUUAUGCACAGAUUUUGCAAAUUUUAAAAAUUUUAGAGCCCUCUUUGCAGGCACAGCCUCGAUAUUUUACGAUCUUUUUGGCACAGAGAGUAUACAAACGCGGAUAGCCGUCACAGAGAAAAACAGUUUUUGCAAAUGUCUUUGCUAGUCUUGUGCGGAAAAAAUAUUUUUUUUGUGUACCCAUGCGGUAGCAAUAGGUAUGAAAGUUUUCAUGCCAAAAUGCGUAAAGAAACAUCGAAUUUUUUCCAAUUUUCGCUAAAAAUCUCGAUCGUUAAUGCAAAGCGCGACCUAGGAAUCCCGCAUGUCUUAUGUCAGCAAAAUUUAUUCUAAAUUUGUGCCAAGUUUCAUUAAAAUGUGAUAUACAUAAGUCAUUAAGGAUAUAUUUUUUACACGAAAUUCGCAAGACCCUUUAUGGAUAAGAUAAUUAAACGGGGAAUGCACAAUGUAUUAUUAUUUUUUUUAGAGUUAUAAUAUUUUUUAGAGUUUUAUCGAGACCUGUACUCGACUAAUUUCCUUAGUAAACUUUUCUAAUUAUAUACGUAUACUUUUAGGAACCAAAUUCCAAUCCGUGGCGGCUCCAUCUCCCUUCAAAGAAAUUACAAAUUCCGAUGUCCAAUCAUUACAUAGAGUUGAUUCAGCGCAAUCUUUAAGUAUUACCGUAGUUGAUGAUAAUAGGGAAGUCAUGAAAGAAAUAUUAUACACAGUUGAAGAGCCCACGACCUUAGAACCUCAGAUUCCCUCUGAGGCCAUUGAAACUCUACGAAAAGCUUCGUCAAGUACGAUAAGUUCGGAUGAAGGGAUUCAUUCGGCCAAAGGCUAUGAAAUCGAUGAAAUUGAAGAGCAAAGUGAGGAUUUGUUGGAAGAUGAGGAGGAAAAAGAAAGUCGGAAACCUAUUUAUACGUCGACAAUUGAUUUGGGACCAGGUGAUCAGAAUAAACUGACGUUGUGCUUUACGAAUAAGGGAUUCUAUGACAAAUUGAAGAUGAGACUACCGCAUAAAAGAGUAAGAAACUUUUCCCAACUCGAUUAAACUUAGCAGGUCUUCUAAAAAUUUGCUAUAGUUUUUCUAAAAACUAAAAUUGAUAAUCAAAACAAUGUUUUUGUCACAAGAAAAGUACCCCAAGUGCGACGCUCAGAUUUUCUUUAAAUUUUGCGCACAUGUCGGGCAUGAACCAAAUAUCAAUUCCUCAAAGUUUUAGCUCGCGCUUUGCGCGCGCCUCCGAGAUAUUGAUCCAUCUUUGCCGCCGAGAUAGUACGCUAAACGGGGAGAGCGGUCAGAGAGAAAACCGCUUUUUGGUCAUAACUUACGUGCGGAAAAAAAUUGAUUUUUUGUAUAAACAUUAACAUUUACGGCAGAAAUAGGUACGAAACUUUUCGUGCCAAAAUUCGGAAAAAAGUCUUAAAUUUUCGCCGACUUUCGAUCUAAAAAUCUCGGUUGUUUCUGCAAAGCGCGGGCUAGGAUUAUCGCAUAUAUUUUAGAAAAAAUUAUUUUAAAUUUCUGCCAAGUUUCAUCAAAAUCUGAGCAUCGCACUUUGGGUACUUCCCCUGUCAGUUGACAAGGGCUGCUGAUUCUACCGUAGUCUCUCACAAAAAAUGAAUUUUUGCUGAUAAUUUUUGCUGAUUUUGAACAACGACUUUUUUUCAGAAGGACUCCAAUGAACCACUUCCGAUUCUGUGUGGGCAAAAGUUGGCCCAACCCAAUGUCCCAUCAGAUAAAGCAAAAACCGAGACAUCAGUUUGGAGUAGAAUGAUCAAAGUUUUCCGUCGCAACAGAGUCGAGCAAUCGGCUGGCUUGAAAUCGAGGUUCUCUACGAACGAAAAGCGCCCCAAUAUAGGCCAUAAAAUUCGUGUAGAAAUGUAG